CCCCGACCCGCAACCCGUGAUCAAUUACCCGACCUGGACCCGGGCGGGUCUGGGUACCAAGAAACCCGCCCCGGACCUGCCCCAUUGCCAUUCCUACUCUUAGGGGAUGUGACCGUAUCCCACCCCCCAUAAGGCAUAAACAACAACGAAAGAGAUUAAUUAAUUAAGGAGAGAGAGAGAGAGCAGCCUUGACCUGACUAUUGACCCUUGCCCUUUAUAAUACAACGCGAUUCCCAAAAUCCAUUGGAAAUUUUGGAGGAGAAGGGGUUUUGGUUUUUCUCCCGGCCGGCCCCCGGAUUUGGAUUUCUCCUCCUCCUCCUCCUCCUCUUUAAUUUGACUUCUCCGUCUCCCUAGCUAUAUAUACCACUUCCUUCUCAAACCUUCCAUAUCAUUUAUCAACCACCCUUCUUUCCUUAAUUUCCUAGCUCCAACAACCAGAAAAAAAUACAACAAGGAAGGAACUGCUAGACCAAAAUGGAGAUGCAACACCACUCUCCUCCGCCGGAGCCCAUACCCGACCCGCCCAGCAGCACCCGGGUCGGCUACAGCGGCCCUCUAGUAACGACAACCACAAAAAAAUCCAGCAGCAGGAAGAAGAGCGCCAGGUUCAAGGACCAAUUAGUAGUUGACAACGACGACCAAGAGUACGUGGAGAUCACGCUCGACAUCCGCCACGACGCCGUUUCUGUCCACAACAUCAAAGACGGGGACCCGGAGACCGCCUUGCUGGCCGGUCAGCUGGGGUCGGCGGCCGAGAGCAGCGCCAAUCGGCCCCAGAUCACGCUCGGGUCCCAGCUCUCGUUCCGGCUCCGGCAGGUCUCUCGGGAGCUGAAGCGGAUGGCUUCCUCCAACCGGGGUUUCGACCGGGCCAAAUCCGGCGCCGCCAGGGCGCUCAAGGGGCUCAAGUUCAUGUCCAAGAACGUCGGCGGCGGCGGGUGGGUGGAUGUCGAGAACCGGUUCGAUGAGCUGGCCGUUGGUGGGUCGCUGCCCAGGACCCGGUUCGCCCAAUGCAUAGGGAUGAAGGAGUCGGGGGCAUUCGCCGGCGAGUUGUUCGACGCGCUGGCACGGAGACGGGGGAUCACGUCGGCGACCAUAAGCAAGGCGGAGCUGCAUGAGUUCUGGGAGCAGAUUAACGACCAGAGCUUCGAUGCCAGGCUCCAGAUUUUCUUUGACAUGGUGGAUAAAAAUGCUGAUGGCAGGAUCACAGGAGAGGAGGUGAAAGAGAUUAUUUCUCUAAGUGCUUCUGCCAACAAGCUAUCCAAGAUUCAGGACCGAGCAGAAGAAUACGCAGCCUUGAUCAUGGAGGAGUUGGACCCUGACAAUCUGGGCUACAUUGAGUUGUACAACUUGGAAACACUACUUCUCCAAGCCCCAGCCAAAUCAACAAACCUAGGCACAGACAGUCGGGUCCUGAGCCAGAUGUUGAGCCAGAAGCUGGUCCGAACUAAAGAUGGCAACCCGAUCAAGCGAUGCUACAACGGGGUAGCCUACUUGGUCCAGGACAACUGGAAGAGGAUCUGGAUCGUGGCCCUGUGGGUAGCCAUCUGCGCGGGUCUGUUCGCGUGGAAGUUCACCCAGUAUAGGCGUCGGGCCGUGUUCGAGGUCAUGGGCUACUGCGUCUCGGUGGCCAAAGGCGGGGCCGAGACAACCAAGUUCAACAUGGCCCUGAUCCUGCUGCCCAUGUGCAGGAACACCAUCACAUGGCUCAGGAGCAGGGCCGUGCUGGGGAAGUUGGUCCCGUUCGACGACAACAUCAACUUCCACAAAGUGGUCGCCGCGGGGAUCGCGCUCGGGGUGGGUCUCCAUGCCAUCUCCCACCUCACGUGCGACUUCCCGAGGCUGCUCCGCGCCACGGACGAGGAGUACGAGCCCAUGAAGCCCUUUUUCGGGGAGGACAGGCCAAAUAACUACUGGUGGUUCGUGAAAGGAACCGAGGGCUGGACCGGCGUCGUCAUGGUUCUGCUCAUGGUUUUGGCUUACGUUUUGGCCCAGCCCUGGUUCCGUCGCAACCGGGUUCGUAACCUUCCGAAGCCUCUGAAGAGGUUGACUGGGUUCAAUGCCUUUUGGUACUCGCAUCACUUGUUUGUCCUUGUCUAUGCCCUCUUCAUCGUUCAUGGUUACUAUCUCUACCUAUCCAAAGAUUGGUACAAGAAAACGACAUGGAUGUAUGUCACGAUUCCCAUGGGAUUGUAUGCUUGCGAGCGUCUAGUUCGUGCUUUCAGAUCUGAAUACAAGUCAGUCAAGAUUCUAAAGGUUGCGGUGUACCCGGGAAAUGUUCUCGCUCUCCAAAUGUCCAAACCUCAAGGAUUUCAUUAUAGCAGUGGACAAUACGUGUUUGUCAAUUGUGCGGUAGUUUCUCCCUUUGAAUGGCAUCCAUUUUCAAUCACUUCAGCACCAGGAGAUGAUUACCUCAGCAUCCACAUCCGCACACUGGGAGAUUGGACAGGGCAGCUCAAAUCCGUCUUUGCCAAGGUCUGCCAACCACCAUCCGCAAAUCAAAGCGGGCUCUUGAGAUCCGACCCAUCAUCAUCAUCCAGGCCCAGAAUGCCCAAACUCCUUUUAGACGGGCCGUACGGGGCCCCGGCCCAAGACUACAAAAACUACGACGUCCUUCUCCUAGUAGGAUUAGGAAUCGGCGCCACCCCUUUAAUCAGCAUCGUCAAGGACGUCCUCAACAACAUCAAGCAGGCCGGGAAAGAAAUCGAAGAAGGAGGAGCAAUGAAGGAGAACAAUGACCACAAAAGGAAUCAACCUUUCGCGACUCAGAAGGCUUACUUUUAUUGGGUGACCCGAGAGCAGGGCUCGUUCGAGUGGUUCCGCGGUGUGAUGAACGAGGUGGCAGAUCACGACCGUGACAAGGUGAUCGAGCUCCAUAACUACUGCACCAGCGUGUACGAGGAAGGGGAUGCUCGGUCCGCUCUGAUCACGAUGUUGCAGUCGAUCCAGCACGCCAAGAGCGGGGUUGAUGUGGUCUCGGACACGAGGGUGAAGACCCAUUUCGCCCGCCCCGACUGGAGGAAGGUGUUCAAGCGGGUUGCCAUGAACCAUCCAGACCAGAGAGUCGGGGUGUUUUAUUGCGGGGCGCCUGGAUUGACUGGAGAGUUGAGGAAAUGGGCUCGGGAAUUUUCCAGGAAGACGUCUACCAAGUUUGAUUUCCAUAAGGAGAACUUUUAGUUACUAAGAGGGUGGAUGUGUCUAUAUUCUUUCUUGCAAUCCCUAAUUCUAGUGCUACAUAUUCUUUCUAUUUGUUGAGUGUUGUUGAACGUAUGGUAUCAUAUUAUUUUAUUUUUCUCCAUUUUCAUUAGUACGUUUGUGAUUGAAAAAUAGUGAAGCAAAAGCUUGUUUUUAUAUAUGCUAGGGCUCGUUUGGAGAAUUAGAGUCUAAAUCUCUAGAUUCUAAACAAUCCAAAGAUUUGAACUCUCCGGAUUGUUGAAAAAAGAUUUGAAAAUGUUCAUUGUUUGAUAACUGCGAUUGUUAACAUACAAUAAAAAAGAAAUUAUAUUUGUUUAUAAAAUGGCAUAUUUAUGCUUAACCAAAAUAAUUAAAUUGGCUCAAAAAAAAUAUUGAAAAAUUUAUCAAUAUGGAUAUUUAGUGGGAUAAAUUAAAAAAAGGAAGAGAUAGAGUAAGAGAGAGAAAACCUCUAAAAUCAAAAUGUAGAAUCUCUCUAAUUAGGAGAGAUUUGAUAUCUCUAGAUUUUAGAGAUUUAAAAUCUCUAAACCUACAAUCCACGAUACAAAAAGUAGCAAAAAAACAUAACAUUUUGCCAAAUCUAUGGAUUCAAUAAAUCCAUCAUCCAAAUCUUGUUCUCCAAACGACCCCUAUGAUCCUAAGCUCCUGUUUACCGUUAUAAGCGUGAGUUUUUGAGAAAAUAAGAUAUUUUGUUUAGAUUUUACUUGUCAUUAUUGUAGAUAAUUAUAUCACAUAUGUGAAGUAUCAUACAAAAUUGUGUGAGCUGAAUCCCCUGAUGAAAUCAUGAUUGAGUCAACGAUUAUGAUAAUCGGUGUUUUAUUUGAACUUUUAGGAAAGGUCUUUCAUCAUAAGGUGAUCGCGACUCGGCGAGUAGGAUUUUGUUCCCCUAUUUUGCUUGUGCAUAUAUAAGAACUAAAUAGCUCCACUUUGAACACUUUGGGAACUAGUAUAGAACUAUGACAUAUGUUUAUUUGAGUGUUAUGUGGAAAUAAAGGAUUGUUUGCUUAUUGGUGAGUUUAGAGUUUUUUAAUUUUAUUAUUUUGAUGAAUUUAUUACGUUAUGGAUUUGAAAGGGUUUAUUGUUUGUUUAGUUGAUUUCUAUCAUGGGUUUAUAACUUUUUGCACCAUGUCGCCCACAAAUUUUUCUUCCAUCAACCAAAUCUCGAAUAAAAUUGAGAUUUGCAA